UUCCAAACGGCACGCAUCACCUUUUCUGCAUCGAGCUUGAAGAGUCAGUUCUCAUGGCAGUUUUUCACACUGUUUCAUGGAGACUGAUUUCUGGGAUUUUAGGAGUAAUAUGCUUUUUGUUGAUGGCUACUUUGGGAAUUUUGCUGAAAAAUUUCUCUUGCUGUUUGUGUCCAGAAAAGUGGAUUGGCUUCCGAUGCAACUGUUAUUUCAUUUCUAAUGAAACAAAAACUUGGGCAGAAAGUAGGAGGUCUUGUGCUUCUCAAAAUUCCAGUCUGCUUACGCUAGAAAGUUGGGGUGAAUUGGGUUUUUUGAAACACAGUGAACAUUUUUACUGGCUUGGGCUCUCUUACAAUGAAACAUAUGGUGCCUGGUUGUGGGAAGAUGGCUCUGCUCUCUCCAGGGAUCUAUUUUCAUCUCAUAAUACUUUCAAGCUGAGGAAUUGUGUAAUUUAUAAGCCCCCAAAAGAUAUUUUGGAAGAAUCCUGUGGGGGAAAAUUGUUUUAUAUUUGUAAGCAACAGCCUUUUUAAGUGUUUCUUCAGUUUGGGGUGGGAUUUCAAAAUUACUGAAACUGGAACUUUUACUUCUUAUAUACUGUAGAUUAUU